ACUAAAAAUGCAAGGAAAUGUAUCAUGUUUGUCGUUUGAGGACUAAUAGGUGAUGAAGAGGGCUAAAAAGCAAAUUCUUUAUUUCCUGAGAUGAAUGAAAACGACCAGCAACUGCUGCGCUGGGUUUAGGGCUGACAAAAAACUAGCUAAAAAUGAAAUCUUUAGUUCUCCCUUCUUCUUCCUCACAGAUUCCUCCAUGGCUAAUCCUCUUUUGCAGACGCCAUCUUUGCACUUCUUCAAUCUCAUCCUCACUAACAAAUCAACACCCACAAAUUUCUGAACUUUCCCCUUCAGAUUCUCUCGAAAAACCCAUCUUAAACCCUCAAGAUUCUGAAAAGCCUGUACCUUUACAUGACAUUGACCAUUCUUGUGACAGACCCUUUUCAAAAGAUGGUGGGUUUACCAAGAAUCAUGUAGUUGAUGUGCUUUUGAGCCACAGAGAUGACCCUGAUUCAGCUUAUAGGUAUUUUCAAACUGCUAGGCUACAACGGGGUUUUUUGCAUACUAAAUCUGACCCUUUCUUUGUUUUGCUUCACAUAUUAGUAAGUUGUACAAUGCAUCAACAUAAAGCUCGACGCUUGCUUGAUAAUUAUGCUUUUAGUGACUCUGGUCCAUCUGCUACUGUUAUUUUUAAUGGUUUAGUUAAUUGUUGCAAGGCUUUUGAUUUCGAGUUAAAUCCUCGAGUUUUUAAUUUCUUGAUAAAUAGUUGUGUGAAAGUUAAUCGAUUGAAUGAUGCAAUUGAUUGUUUUAAUGAGAUGGUUGAACUUGAUAUAACACCGUGGAUCCCGAUUACGAACAAGCUUUUAAAGGCAUUGGUGAGGCACGGCAUGAUUGGAGUAGUGCGAGAUUUGUAUACUGAUGUAGUGUCUAGAGGGAUCUGUUAUGAUUAUCGAACUGUGCAUAUUUUGAUGUCUGCUUGUCUGAGAGAAGGGAAAAUGGAGGAGGCAGUGAAGCUUUUUAAGGAGGCUAAGAUGAGUGGGAUUAAGCUUGACGCAGGGCUGUAUAGCCUUUGUGUUUAUGUCGCCUGUAAGGAGCAGAAUCUAGGUUUUGCGUUGGAGUUGUUGGGGGAGAUGAAAGACAGGGGUUGGGUUCCUUCUGAGGGCACUUAUGUGAACAUGAUUUCCACUUGUGUGAAGCAAAGGAAUAUGGUUGAGGCGUUAAGGCUCAAGGAUGAAAUGCUUAGUAAUGGGCAUCCAAUGAACUUGGUGGUUUCAACAAGUUUGAUGAAAGGGUAUCAUGUGCAGGGCAAUUUAUCAAGUGCUUUGGAUUUGUUUGACAAACUGGCCGAGUAUGGACUCACUCCAAACAAGGUGACAUAUGCAGUUUUAAUAGAAGGAUGCUGUAAAAAUGGGAAUAUUGAAAAAGCAGUAGAAAUUUACAGGCAGAUGAAACUUGCUGGUAUCAAGCCCAAUGUUUAUGUUGAGAAUUCAUUAAUAAAGGGAUUUUUGAGUGUUAACUUGUUAGAUGAAGCAUUGAAUGUGUUUGAUGAGGCAAUAAAUUCGGGGACGGCCAAUGUUUUCGCUUACAAUAGUAUAAUAGCCUGGUUUUGUAAGAAGGGUCGAAUGGAUGACGCUCAAAACGUGUGGGAUAAGAUGGUUGAUAAUGGAGUUGUACCUUCUAUAGCUUCGUACAACAAUAUGAUUCUGGGAAAUUGCAGAAACGGGAAUAUGGACAAAGCAUUGGAUUUGUUCUCUCAGUUGCCAGAAAGGCAGUUGAAAGCUAAUGUUGUAACAUAUAGCAUUUUGAUUGACGGAUAUUUUAGAAAAGGUGACACUGAUAAAGCGAGGAACAUGUUUGAUCAAAUGGUCACUUCAGGAAUUGCCCCUACUGACUACACAUUCAAUACCCUAAUAAGUGGUCUGUCUAAAGCCGGCAAAAUGUCAGAGGCAAAAGAUUUGCUUAAAAAGAUUGUUGCAGGAGGUCUCCUUCCAACAUGCAUGUCUUACAAUAGCCUAUUAGAUGGAUUUUUGAAGGAAGAUGAUGUCACCUCAGCAUUGGAUGUUUACAGAGAGUUGUGCGAUAACGGGAUUUCCCCAGAUGUUGUAACUUACACAACUUUGAUUGAUGGAUUCUGCAAAAGCAAUAACAUUGAUCUAGCUUUAAAAAUGCUGAAUGAGAUGAGAAAUAGAGAAAUUAAGUUAGAUGUUAUUGCGUAUGCUGUCCUUAUAGAUGGCUUUUGCAAAAGAAGAGACAUGAAAAGUGCUUCUGAACUUUUUGAUGAAAUCCUUCAAGUUGGUCUAUCUCCUAACCUAUUUGUGUAUAACAGCAUGAUAAGUGGGUUUAAAAAUGUAAAUAAUAUGGAAGCAGCACUAGUCUUGCGUGAUAGGAUGAUCAAUGAAGGCGUUACAUGUGAUUUGGAAACAUACACCACAUUGAUUGAUGGGCUUCUAAAGGAUGGAAAAAUAGUUAGGGCAUCUGAUUUGUUCACCGAGAUGCUUGGAAAGGGUAUAAUGCCUGACGACAUCACAUAUACUGUUCUUGUACACGGUCUUUGCAAUAAAGGUCAGGUUGAGAAUGCCCACAAGGUCUUAGAGGAGAUGUGUAAAAAGAGUACGACUCCUAAUGUUCUGAUUUAUAAUACACUAAUUGCUGGAUACUUCAAGGAGGGAAAUUUGCAUGAGGCAUUUAGGUUGCAUGAUGAAAUGCUUGACAAAGGUCUUAAGCCCGAUGAUGCAACCUAUGAUAUUCUUGUGAGUGGAUCAUUCAGAGGAAACAGUUUCGCUCUUGGUACUUCAUUGCCGCAAUGAACCAGAUACCCUCUAGCAUGCCUGUUUUAAUUUCUUGAAGAGAUAUAUUGUCCCUUGGGUUUCAUUCUUGUCACAUGUCUCUGCUCCUGCUGUCUGCAAGGUUGACAGCUUUAAUGGUUGGGGCCCAAUGAAAUGCUUUUGCUUCGUCCGAUCGAGUCGCUCGAAGGAGGUGGACCUGGGCAGUGGAGAGGGUUUGGGGGUAGGCGAUGUUAUAUUCGUAGAUGGGGAGACUUCAACUACCAUUUGGAGUGGCUGUCUGGUUUAAGACCUUCUGACCAGAUGUGUAAACCAUUGUGGCUUUCGCACGACCAUCUCUGCAACUAAAACUGGGAGAGUGAAGGUUAUUUUAGUGAGGUGCCUAUUCAAACUGCCCAGUGCUUCGGGCUAGUAGUGGGAGUGCAACGCGUGCUGUAUGAUUAGACUCACGAGUUCGAACCAUGCCACGAACAAAAAAGCCUGAUAUUUAAGUGGAGAAGGGUAGAGAGGAGGGUCCACUGUGCACCAAGUUUCGACCUUGCGCCAGCUGGCCCUUUGGGAUUUCUUGAUUAUGAAUAAAUAUAUAUUGCCUGCUCAAACUAUCCUGUAAAGUGAAAAGAAUUUUUACUGUAGAAUGUAUUUACGGGGGAAGCCAAGCGGCUAACGACACUUGUUUAAAUAAUUUCGCUCUUCCUGCUAGAAGUCAAUUCAUAAGAUUGUCCAUACUGAAACCUGAAACUCGAGGUCUGCCCAUUUUUCUCUUCAAACCAGCUGUUUCUUUGCUUGUUUUUCUCAUCCUAUCCCCUGAUACACUGCUCAAAAGCCAAGAAAGAUAAUGAUAUCGAAGGAAUGUAUCCUAUUGUGCAUGUGAAAUGUUGAAACCUAAGGAGGAGUAAUGUGUAGCUUCUAUCCUGCAUAAAUUCUCUCUUUCUUCUUACUCCUCCGCCAUUGCCACGGGGGAUCAAGGACAUCAAUAGGCCAUUGUUUAUAGUCUCUUUCGAGUGUAACGAGCUUUGUUCAAGUUGUUUGUUGAAAAUCUCUUCUCUGCACUUCAGUGGAGACUAUUAGAUUAUUUUCUUAGAUGUAUUUUUAGAUAA